AUGGGUGGACCAGCGACGCAGACGGUCAAUACGACCGACCGACUUGCGGCUUUGCGCAAGUUGAUGAGUGAGAAGCGAGUCGAUGCUUUCGUCGUGCCGAGCGAAGAUCCCCACUCGAGUGAAUACGCGGCAAAGUGCGAUGAGCGGCGCGCUUUCAUCUCUGGCUUCAACGGAUCGGCUGGUACCGCGAUCGUGACCAAGGACAAGGCGUAUCUGUUCACCGAUGGCCGCUACUUCUUGCAAGCUGAACAGCAGCUUGACGCGAACUGGACGUUGAUGAAGCAAGGGCUUCCAGAUGUACCGACCUGGCAAGAGUUCGUUACAAAGAACAUCCCGAAAGAGGAAACCGUCGGCAUGGAUGCCGAGCUCCUCACCGCAACCGACGCAAAGACCUUCGACAAAGUCAACCUCUCCUACGUCCCCAACCUCGUCGAUCCAGUCUGGGGUCCCUCCCGCCCAGCACGCCCCACAAACCCCGUCAUCCCGCUCUCCCAGACUUACGCCGGCCAGACGCACACCUCCAAGCUCGCCGCCGUGCGCGAAAGGCUAGCCAAAGACGACUACUCGGCUUUCGUCGUGAACAUGCUGGAUGAAGUUGCAUGGCUGUUCAACCUCCGCGGAUCCGACAUCGACUUCAAUCCGGUGUUCUUGGCAUAUGCGGUUGUUACGGCUGACAAGGCGGUGCUAUUCCUGGAUCCUGAGCAGGCUAGUGAGGACGUGAAGAAGCAUCUGGGGGAUGAAGUGCAGAUUCAUCCGUAUAGCGGGUUCUAUGGGUACCUUGUGGGACUGUCAAAGUCGGUCGACAAGAAGAUCUUGAUAGGCAACACCGCAAGCGUUGCGGUCUUCAAUGCUCUCGGAGGCGAAGAAAGCACGGCUAUAGGCCCCUCACCCGUUCAAGAGCUCAAGGCAGUCAAGAACGAGACUGAGAUCGCAGGCUUCCGUGCCUCUCAUAUCCGUGACGGUGUUGCGCUCGCACGGUACUUUGCCUGGCUUGAGGAGCGCCUUGAGGCUGGGGACCAGCUUUCGGAAAGUCAGGGGGCUGACCAGUUGGAGAAGUACCGCUCUGAGCUCGAGCACUUCAAGGGAUUGUCGUUCACGACCAUCUCCUCAACCGGUCCCAAUGGCGCUAUCAUCCACUACUCGCCCGACCCCGUAAACAGCGCCACGAUCAAGCGCGAGGACAUCUACCUCUGCGACUCCGGCGCUCAGUUCCUCGACGGGACUACCGACGUAACGCGGACCUUCCACUUCGGCACUCCGACGGAUGAGCAGAAACGCAACUUCACCCGUGUACUGCAAGGCCAUAUCGCCAUCGACACUGCUGUGUUCCCCAACGGCACUACGGGAUACAUCAUCGAUACUUGGGCAAGACGUGCGCUUUGGAAAGAUGGACUCGACUACCGUCACGGAACGGGUCACGGUGUCGGCCACUUCUUGAACGUGCAUGAAGGUCCGCAGGGCAUCGGUACGAGGAUUGCGUACAACAAUGUGCCGCUCAAGGCUGGCAUGACCGUAUCAAACGAGCCCGGAUACUACGCCGACGGCCAGUACGGCAUCCGCAUCGAGAACGUCGUUGUCGUCCGCGAUGCGCAGACUCCGAACAACUUCGGGAAUAAGGGGUUCUUGAGCAUGGAGCAUCUCACCAUGUGCCCGAUCGGAAAGAACCUCAUUGAGCCCACCUUGCUUGCGCCGGAUGAGCGCGAGUGGCUGGAUGCGUAUCAUCAGGAGGUGUAUGACAAGGUUUCGCCGUUGUUGAAGGGCGAUGAGCGGGCUUUGGCAUGGUUGAAGCGCGAGUGUGCGCCUCUGUAG